GGGAGUUCUCUUCGCGAAGAAGGAUUUCAAUUUGGCGCAACAUCCUUUGGAAGGAUAAGAGUUGGGGAGUUCCUCGUCGUUGGAUUCGUCUCCGCGAGUCCCAAUGGCUCCUCUUUCGAUUCUCCGAAGCUUUCUCUCCCUUUCGAGCCCCUUCGUUCAAGGAAGACGAAGAAGUUAGUUAGCAACAUAAAGCAUUGGAAGAACUCAUCUCCGAAGGCUGUAUAUUCCGAAGGCUUGUCCAUAAGAGACGAGACAAGCCGAGGCUUCUCGCAUCAGAGAGAAGUACCUAGACAGAAUCCCAAUGAUUGUAGAGAAGGCUUGAGAAAAGCGAUGUCCCCGUUAUCGACAAGAAAAAUGGGGCAGUUUGUGUAUAUUGUCCGCAAAAGAAUCAAACUGAGUGCCGAAAAGGCUAUCUUCGUCUUCGACAAGGCAAUUGAGAGAUGCAUCGUCAGGAACAUUGUUAGGCAAGCAGCCAAGCAAGCAGCCAUCAGAGAUGUUCAAGAAGCCAGUGUCUACGAGGAUACACUCUGCCAAAGCUUUACGCUAAGAUGCAAUACUGUGCAGAGCUUCAAAUCAAAGGAAUACGUGUGCGAGACAUUUGCUUGGAUACAUUACUACUGAUUCCUCACAAACGAAGGCAUUAACUUUCUGAGGACUUACCAUCUGAGAUUGUUCCCGCCACUUUGAAGAAGCAACGGAAGCCUCUUUGUCUUCAAAUUAUUCUCUGUCCUGUAUCUUUUCACUACUGUUCUGGCAUCAAUUGAUUUGAUCUUACCUUUUUUUUUUUUUCGUUGCAGAUAUGCAAGAGAAGAUACCCAUUAUCUUUUGUACAUUUAUGAUGUCUAGAAUGGCAACCGGUGACGAGCAUACUGACUCCUCUGCUUGAGGUAGACGUCAUUUAACUAUGCUGUCAAGUCCAUUAUUUGUCUGCAUGUCUGUAUUUGCAUGAUAGAUUUACAGUUUUCUUUGGUCUUGCUAUCAAGCAGAACAAGCUUGGCAUCUUUUUCUAAAUUCAUUGAACAAAUAAAUUGUUUCUCCGUCUAUACAUGGGGAACUGCUUUGGGUUUAAUGUAUUAGUGACGAAUGAUUUUAGCAAAUAUCCUAUUUAAAAAUAUGAAGAGUACGAAAUAUAAACAAUGUACGCCAAUUAAGACACUGCUAUUUCAGGUACGUACCCAUAAUUGUAAUAAGAAAACUAUAACAAAAAUAACAAUCUCCAAUUUUGAAUAACAAUCACAGUUCACUUCUUAUUUUCAAGCCAAACAUAUUAACUCACUGGAGCUAUAGAUUUCGAAGUUCUUUUUACAAAAUAAAGUUAUUUGGCUGUUUCAAAAAGAAACAAAAUAUUGACGCUGUUUAG